CACGCCCCCAGCGACCACGGGCACAGCAGCUUGUCACGUCCCCGGGGCCAGGCCAGGCGGGAGUGCAGGUGUGGGCAGCAGAGACAGAGAGAGCCCCGGUCGAGAUGUGUCCAUCCUGCAUCCCCCGCUGAGCUGGCACCAUGGGUCCGCUGGACACACUGACUCUGGCCGUCUACUCCCUCACCAUCCUGCUGGGUGUGCCAGCCAACGCCUUGGCGCUGUUCAUCUUCUACCGCCGCGCCCGCGCCCGCCUCACCCCCAACCUCAUCUACAUGAUCAACCUCUGCGUCUCCGACCUGGCCUUCAUCCUCCUCCUGCCGCUGAAGAUCCUGGAGGUGAUUUGGCCUGACUGGUCGCCGCCCAGCUUCCUCUGCCCUUUCAACAGCAUGGUUCACUUCGGCACGCUGUACACCAGCGCCUGCUUCCUGACAGCCGUCAGCGCUGGGCGCUACCUGAGCGCCGCCUUCCCCCUCCACUACCGGCGCUGCAAGAAGCCCCUGUACUCCUGCCUGGUCUGCGUGGCCAUCUGGUGCCUGGUGAGCUUCCACGCCGUCAGCGCUGGGCGCUACCUGAGCGCCGCCUUCCCCCUCCACUACCGGCGCUGCAAGAAGCCCCUGUACUCCUGCCUGGUCUGCGUGGCCAUCUGGUGCCUGGUGAGCUUCCACGGUGCCCUGCUGGCCAUCCUGGAGAAUUCGCUGGGCGCCAACGCCACCCUCUUCACGGGCAACGGCUCUGCCUGCUACCAGGAGUUCAGCCCCGAGCAGCUGGCCCUGCUGGCUCCGGUCCGCUUGGAGCUCUCCGUGGCCUUGUUUUUCCUGCCCUUGGUGAUCACGGCCUUCUGCUACGCCGGCUGCAUCCACGUCCUCAUGAAGUCCCAUCUCCACCAGCAGAAGAAGCGCCGGGCGGUGCGGCUGGCCGUGGCCACACUCUCCAUCUUUGUGCUCUGCUUUGGCCCCUACAACGUCUCCCACGUGGUGGGCUACGCCCGUGGCGAGAACCUCUGGUGGCGCAAGGUGGCGAUGCUGCCCGGAGCCUGCAAUGCCUUCUUGGACCCGCUCAUCUUCUACUUUCUCUCCUCGACCAAGGACCACAGCCCGGCCUGGGUGUGGCGCUCGGUGGGGCAGCGCUGCAGCUCCUUCUGGCAGAAGAUGACGCUAGGUGACAGGGAGGCGGGCAAGGCGCAGCCUGAGAAGGGCGGUGCAUCCUGGGGGACCACAGGCCCUGGGGUGGGGAGCUCCAAGUAACCAUGGGACACAGACACCAACUCCGUUGGGACAAGAUUUAGAUGGGCGGUGGGACCCGGCUGCUUAUGGGCCUUAAAAAUUCCCCAUGGGGUUAGUAGUCCGAUCUUGGAGAGGACGCAAGACCAACGACCAGGAAAUUCAUGACCAUUACAGAUUCCCCGUGGGAUUAGUAGUCUCUGCCCUUGGAUGGCACAUGAGUCUAAGAACUAUGCUUGGGCCAGGACAUAGCCCAUGUGGGACAAGGAGGUGUCUGGUUUUGAUGGUUUCGAUGUCACCAUUUUCCGUUGAGACAUAAGCGCAUGGUUGUGAUUGUGACCAUUCAUGGUCAGAUGGUCUGAGGCCAUCCCAGACUCGGAUGUGCAGUUAGUCACUGACAGAGCAGGGUCAAGAUUUUUUGCCAAGGUGUCCUCACAGGUCUCUGGCUCUGUCGAUGAUGAUCCAGAAGACUGCUUGCAGGCGUGCUCGGUGGUAUGUGCCGUGUCUGCACCGCAGACCCCGAGAGAGCCCCCAAAGACCACAAGCCACAUAAGGAUCGAAGGUGUAUUGUUAAGGGAAGUACAUAGCUGCCAGUAGACUCUACCGAACCACUACACAUUCGUAAUAAUGGCAUGGCACAAUCAAUGGGAAAUUUCCACUGCCCCCUAGAUCAUCCAAAGACUGCCCCCCCCAAGACACCACCUUGUAUACAGGUUCAAACAAGUUACGCAGCACUCCCGACGUAUCACGUUGCCACCCUCCGACGCUAUUAGAGACCACCCAUCACCCUGCACCUUGGGUUUGAUUGGAUCAUCUCAGUCAAUCACAUUUUACACCUUCUCCUGAACCUGGGCCGGUAUCUGUGAGGAGUGGGUACCAAGGUCUUCUUUUAAUGAGCUGUUGGUACCACGUGCUUUGCACUUAUGACCAGUACCAAUGACUGUUCUACACCAGGGCCUAUUACCAGUUAGUGUUUUGCACCCUCAGCCCUGUUCAUGCCAAGUUCUGUGAACUGGGGCCUGCUUCUUGCUCAUAGCUUAGCUUUGCUUUAUGUUAGCCAGGAUUUGUCUAUUGUUAGCUAGGCCUCAGGCCUCAGACCAGGCCUGUGCUACAUGGGCUUUUGUUUUAGGCCCUCAUACAGGCUGGAAAGGAGGACAGGGAUUCCAGUUGGGGCGUGACAGUUGGGUGCAGAUUUCAUGGGGAUCAUUACGUACCCCAUAGGCCAGAUCCCACAAUGAGAGUGCAUCUACACAGCAGUGUUAUUUUGGAAUAACGGCUGUUAUUCCGAA